GAAGUAAACAAAUCCACGUUGUCUGAAAUAUGGUAAAAACCAUUGCAACACAGCUUGAAGAUCUAGAAAUAAAGAUCAGAGACUGUGAUUCAAGGCUACAGACCAUUGAUGAUAUUCUACGACUGGAGGAACUUUCUGAAGUUAAGAGACAGUCUUUACAUGAGGAAGAGAAACAGAUUAAAAAGAAACUCUCGACAUUUGAGGCUGAAUUAAAAGAUCUUCGUAGAGAAAACAGGAAGACAAUGCUAGUAUCUGUAUGUCUUGUGGGGAUGAUGUAUCUAGUUUACUGUUUAUUGUGGCAAACAUAGUCUCAUAUUGUGUAAUUCAAUCUUUCAGUCAUUUUGUUAACUAUGCAAAAUAAUAUAUUGUACAUUAAUGGCUAUCAAAGGCAUUUGAUUAAUUAUUUAAACUUGAUAUAUAUGUAUAGUUAUGGUAUGAUGACCAAAAAUAGAUGCACUCCUUAAUUAAGAAAAUAAUAUCUGAAUCUAAUUUUAGAAAGGAGGUUAAAAGUUUCAUUUUUAUUACAUUGAUUACAAAGAUUACAUGUAUAUUGUUACAUUGAUUACAUACAUGUACAUCGUAUAUUGUACAAUGUUCACAAAUCAAUUGAUGAGGUUUUGCAAUAUGCAAAAGGUUACAGUUACAACAUACUCCAUUUCAUUGUAAAUUAAUUUAUGUACUUGAACUAUGCAAUAUCAAUUGUUGUGUUUUUAUGGUAAUUGUAUGCAUUUAUUUAUGAAAUUUAAUCAUGUACUGUGUUUUGUUCUUUCAUUGAAUGUUCACAUACCUCAGUACCUUUAACUGGAGAGGUAGGAGGGUGUAUGCUGCAAACAAAAAAAUCUUUAAAAAUUGCCGCCCCCCCCCCCCCCUCCAAAAAGGAAAUGAAACACUAAUAUCUAAGAAUAAAACGUUUAUACCAAUGUCAUUCAUGUUUAUGAGUUUGGGACCAUUGUUUUCUGUGACAUUUACAAGGUUAUUAUAACGAUAUAUCAGAUGUCUUGGCCUAAUGGUAGUGUACUUACAUGUGUAUUUGAAUCGCCUAUAUCAUCACCAAUAAUAGAAAAAAAUAAUUUUGUAGGUAUUUAUUUGGAAUUUAAGUGAUAUAUUGUAGUCUUCAAGUUGCCACUUGUCAUCAUUUUGAAAGAGUGUCAAGACUGUUCUUUUUGAACAGAUUAAAAUAUUAAACAUUA